AUGAGCAGCCAGGCACACUCUGACAGAUCUGAGGCACCACUAACCAGGAGGGACAUGAGGGGAUUCCUGGCAGACUUCAAAAAGUCAGUGGCAGAAGAACUGGACAAAAGACUGUGCCCCAUACUAGAAGGCAUGGCAGACCUCUCAGCCCGUGCACAGGCCACAGAGGCCAAAAUGGCCGACACAGAUGAAAGGAUUCAAGCCCACGGCACUGAAAUUCAAUAUCUACGUGAUCAACUGCGCUCCCUAGAAGAAACCAAUGAAGACCUCAAUAAUAGAACGCGCAGGAAUAACAUCAGGGUAAGGGGCAUCCCAGAAACAAUAUCAACUGACCUCCUCUCUGACACCCUCACAGAGGUAUUCCAAAACCUCCUGCCGGAGGCCACAGCAGCUGAUUUACUGAUGGACCGGGCACACCGGGCACUGCGAGCCCCAAGCGCCAAUGCCGCCACACCUAGGGAUAUUGUGGUGAGGCUCCACUUCUACCAUAUAAAGGAGAGAAUUAUGAGAGCUGCUAGGGACGCCCCCAUUGAACUGGAAGGAGUGCCAGUCCAACUAUUUCAAGACCUGGCACCAACUACCCUCAAACGGCGGAGAGAACUACGACCGCUAACGCAACACCUCAAUCACCAUGGCCUCCGCUAUGCAUGGGGUCAUCCAUUCAAAAUGAUCAUUCGCAAAGAUGGCAGAUUCCACUCCCUCACAAGGCCUGAAGAAAUCCCUGCACUUCUGACGCAACUAGGCUUACCUCAGCUCCCAGAGACACCUCACUCCAACACAGAUCUCCCACCACGACAGGCGCCACGCAACAAUCUGCCUGCCAGAAAUGGCGAACGCCAACAUCGCCACACAGCACUGCAAAGCACAGAUGCAGCGCAGCAGUAGAGGUGAGGAGAAGGGGGGACAGCGCCGCAGGAACGGCUACCCGCCUCCAUACCUAGACGCCCCUUCCAGACGUCUUCGGUCGACAAUGCGUGAACCGACCCUUUACCGCACCACCUGA